UACCUGAGAUCAUUCCGAUAGGUGACAGGUCGUCAGCGGAACGUUUGACAUGCACCUGGAAAACCGUUAAGCGUGCAGGUGACAAGAUCAGAGAUAAAUCUCGGAUUUUUAGGGUGGGCGGACAGAGACUCACAAGAAAAUUCUAAGGUCAGAAAGAGAGCAAAAAAUAUGAUAUUUAGACGAGUACAGACGCCAUGAGACUCGAUCCCGGAUAAAAAUAAAUUACUGACGACAAGUGUGAAUGAAGGGGGCGCCAUUAAACAAUGACUUCGGCGGACCUUUACGUUCAGACGUUUCUCAAGGAGUCGGAAAUAGGCCAGGUUUAUGUGAAGGGAGCUAGAAUAUGGGUCCCAGACUCAGAGAAGGUGUGGUUAGGGGCGGAGCUACUGGAAAACUACACAGGACAAAAGAAGAUAAAAAUACAGUUAGAAAAUAAUGGCGAGGAAAGAGAAUUCGAAAUCAAGGAUAAAAAUAGAUUACCUCACCUCAGGAACCCGGAGAUUCUGAUUGGAGAAAAUGAUUUGACAUCACUCAGCUACCUCAAUGAACCAGAGGUUCUGUACAAUUUACAAGUGCGAUUUUUGGAGAGUAACUGUAUCUACACAUACUGUGGUAUUGUGUUAGUGGCCAUUAACCCCUACCAACAGCUCCCUAUCUACGGCAAUGAACUCAUACAAAUGUACAGUGGUCAGGACAUGGGGACCAUGGACCCCCAUAUCUUCGCUGUGGCAGAAGAGGCAUUCAAACUCAUGUCCAGAUUCGAUAAGAACCAGUCUAUUAUUGUAUCUGGAGAAUCAGGAGCUGGGAAGACGGUGUCAGCGAAGUACGCCAUGCGAUAUUUCGCGAUGGUCGGAGGAUCUCAGAAAGAAACUCAGGUGGAACAGAAAGUCCUUGCAUCUAACCCAAUCAUGGAGGCUAUAGGUAAUGCUAAAACAACGAGAAAUGACAACAGCAGUAGAUUUGGGAAAUAUAUAGAAAUCUCCUUCAACAAAAACAACGAAAUCAUCGGCGCCCAUAUGAGGACUUACUUAUUAGAAAAAUCUAGGGUGGUGUAUCAAGCUGCAGAUGAGAGGAACUACCACAUUUUUUAUCAACUUUGUGCUUCCAAAGAUCUACCUGAAUUUAAGAAGUAUUGUCUGUUGUGCCCUGAUGAUUUUUACUACACAAGUCACGGCCAGGCUCCAGAAAUAGACGGCGUAGACGAUGAUGAAGAUCUGGUGUCUGUAAGAGAGGCGUUCACAAUGCUGGGAAUCUCGGAGAAGGAACAGAUGAUGAUUUUCCAGAUUCAGUCGGCCGUUCUACAUUUUGGUAAUGUUAAAGUACGGGAGGCUGACGGAGAAUCGUCCGAAAUAAAGAAGGAUGACAAACAUUUAACCAUUAUGUGUAAACUGCUGGGCAUCGAGGAAUCUCAGAUGAGGAUGUGGCUCUGUAACAAAAAAAUUGUCACCGUUGGCGAGGUGUUAACUAAGCCGUUAACGUUAGCUCAGGCAUCCUUUGCCCAAGAUGCUUUAGCCAAACACAUCUACGCACAAACGUUUGAUUGGAUCGUGGAGAAGAUAAAUAAAGCCCUACAAAGCGGCGCAAAGUCCACAAAGUUUAUAGGAGUCUUGGACAUCUACGGAUUUGAAACAUUUGAAAUUAACAGUUUUGAACAGUUUUGUAUCAACUAUGCUAAUGAGAAAUUACAGCAGAUAUUUAAUAUGCACGUAUUUAAACUUGAACAAGAGGAGUAUGUACGGGAGGCUAUUGAGUGGUCGUUUAUUGAUUUCUAUGACAACCAACCCUGUAUUGACCUGAUUGAGAGUAAGCUAGGAAUUCUGGAUCUUCUGGACGAAGAGUGUAAAAUGCCGAAGGGUUCGGAUGAGAAUUGGUGUCAGAAGCUGUAUGAUAAACACCUGGGGAAGGCCAAACAUUUUGAGAAACCUCGAAUGUCACGGUCAGCGUUUAUCAUUAACCACUUCGCGGACAGAGUUGAGUAUCAGGCUGAUGGAUUCCUAGAGAAAAACCGAGACACAGUACUCGAGGAAAACAUCAAUAUACUGAGAGCCAGCGAGUUUGAGCUUGUGGCUGAGUUGUUUGAAGAGAAAGUUGAUCCCAAUGAGAAGAAAUCUCGAGCAGGCUCGGCAACAACUCACCCCCUUAGGCAGGCUCCAAAGGGAGGGCGGGGCUCAAACAAAAAGACAGUUGGAUCACAGCAAGUACAGAAAGCCACAGUGGGAGAUCAGUUCCGAGAGUCACUACAUAAAUUGAUGGAAACAUUAAAUGCCACGACGCCACACUAUAUCAGAUGUAUCAAACCCAACGACACAAAGGAGGCCUUCAUAUUUGAACCAAAGCGAGCCGUGGAACAGCUGAGAGCCUGUGGUGUGUUAGAAACCAUAAGAAUCAGUGCUGCUGGAUAUCCAUCCAGAUGGAGCUAUCCGGAGUUUUUCCAGAGAUACAGAGUCCUGGCUGGCUCUAAAGACAUCAACAGGAGUGACCAGAGAAAGACGUGUGAAAAUAUCCUCACCAAAGUCAUACAGGGUAAUGUGAAGAAGACACCACGAGGUCUCGAGGAUCCAGACAAGUACAGAUUUGGAAAAACCAAGAUAUUUUUCCGCGCGGGUCAGGUGGCUUACCUGGAGAAGUUACGCUCCGAUAAACUGAAGGCGUGCGGAAUCAUGAUACAGAAACACGUCAAAGGCUGGUUGGCACGACGACGAUAUCAACGAAUCAUGAAGUCCAUCACCCUGUUACAGAAAUAUGGGCGGGGUCUGCUGGCCAGAAGACAUGCCAAAUUUCUACGGGAAACGUUUGCCGCCACUCGUAUUCAAAAACACUGGAAGGGUUACAAAGCAAGGUCACAUUAUAUCAAAGUCAGGAAAUCUACCAUUAUUAUACAAUCAGCCAUUCGAGGAUUCUUUGGACGCAUUCUGUUUAAGAAGGAGCUACAUGAACAUCGCGCGAUCACGAUUCAGAAACUCGUACGAUCCUGGCUGGCCAGGAAGAGGUACAAGAGAGUAAUGCGGGGGAUCGUGUUACUACAGAGUCACUUCCGACGACGCCGAGCCAAGAAGGAGCUUAAACAACUCAAGAUUGAGGCUAAGUCUGUGGAACACAUUAAGAAUGUUAACAAAGGCCUGGAGAACAAGAUCAUACAGCUACAACAGAAACUGGAUGCCAAGAACAAGGAGGGUAUGACCAUAAAAGAACAAGAGGUUUACAUUAAACAACUGAAGACUGAGAUGGAGAAGCUGAGGUCCUCGAGUGAGGAGGCCAAGAAGUCCUCAAACAAGAUCACGGACCUGAUACAGCAAAUCAAGGACCUCCAGGAAGAACUCAGUAAAGAGAGGGAGGACAAGCAGGUCCUCAUCACAGAAAAAGAGGAGUUAGUGAAGGAACACACACAGGUGUUAAGUAAGAUGGCAGAGGAGAAAUGUAAACUGAAGGAAGAACUAGAGGAGGCCAACCUUAAAUUACAGCAACAGGAGACCAGCACGGAUGAUGUGCUAAAGAGGAAAUUAGAGGAAGCUACCCAACAACUCCAGGCUGAGUUUGAUUCCGAGCGUAGCCACCACCAGAGACUCGUUAAAGAGCACGCUCGACUCCAGCAGAGGUUCGAGAAUCUACAGUCUGAGAUGCAGAUGGUGACGUCACCACACGGCCACAAGCGGACUCCGUCUGACAUCAGUGCGAUAAGUCUGGAGUCCUACACCAGCUCUGCGUCCCCUGACGAAGUCAAGUAUGAGGAGGAGGCACCAGAGGACAAGGAUCAAGGUUAUGGAACAAAGAAGAAGAAGAAGGCACCUGCUCCUCCUGUACCCACAGCAAGUGCCAUGGAGAAAGAAAUGAAGGAUGUUGAUGUUGGUUUGAUUCUGAGGCUACAGAACAAGAUGAAGGAAAUUGAGCAACAGAAAACAAAACUAGAGGAGAAGCUGAGGCAGUACGAAGAAGAGGGUCACCCAAGGGCAGGCAACUCUGACGAUGUUAUCUCAAACUCAGCUUUUGAUGCUCUUAAGCAACAGCUUGUAAACGCAGACGAUGUUCAGCUCGUGAUCAAGUUACAGAAACGUGUGGCUGAGCUUGAAAUGACAAAAUCCAAGCUCGCUGAUGAACUUGAUGAGAGGGACGAUGAGGACGAGGAAAAAUCGGGAUUUAAAAUCACCACCCCCGAGUUUGCUUAUAAUAACUUAAAGAUGCAGGAGCUUCAGAAUGAGAACGAUAAGCUGAAGAGAGAGGUGUCCAAGUUAAUGAAGUCCAUCUCCGAGAAUGUCAGCUUCGAGAAAGGAGGAACUAAUUCCCCCGCCGGCAAGGAGUUUAUGGAUGCUAAGAAAAUAGAGGAUCAAGUGAGAGUAUUUAAAGACCAGUUUACAGCGAUGGCUGACGAGUUAGACAGACGUCGUGAGGAGUGUUUACAGUUACGGGCAAUGUUAGCAGAGAAAAGCAUCACAACACAUGCCAUCGCGAAAGAGUCAUACGGAGGGAAUGAUGACCUAGUUAAUGAAGAUAAUGAGCUAGCACUUGCUUACAGAACUCAAAAAGAACUCAACAGGUUACUGGAGAACCAGCUACAAAAGACAGAGAAGGACACGAAGAAGAAAGAGGAGAAACUGAAACGGGAGAUAAAGGAACUGAAGCAGGAGAAUGAGGCAGCGCAGAAAAUCAUCAGCCAGAAUCUUCAGUUAGGUCCUGAAGCCAAGAUUGAAGCCACGAUGCAACAUGAGAUUACUCGACUCACGUCCGAAAACCUGGACUUGAGAGAGAAGGCUGACAAGCAGGCAGACCAGAUCCGUAAAAUGAAAAAAAUGCUGAAGGUGUACGCUAAAAAACUCAAAGACGGGGACGUGGCAGAGAUUGAAGCCGAACUGGAGAAAGAUGACAAACAGAAGAAGGCGGAGGACAACGUGGCGACGGUUAAACAUCUGGACAGGACGUACAUGGGGAUGUUAGAGUAUAAAAGGGAGGACGAGGGACGACUCGUCAAAUGUCUCAUCAUGGAUUUGAAGCCCAAGGUAGCUCAGGGUCUGUUACCCGGUCUGCCAGCGUACAUCCUGUUUAUGUGUGUACGACACACGGAUUACAUCAACGACGACGAGAAAGUCCGGACUCUCCUGACAAACACAAUCAACGGCAUCAAAAAGUGUGUCAAGAAACACAACAAAGAGUUGGAGAGAGUGAUACUCUGGUUGGCCAACACGUGUCGACUUCUACACACCCUUAAACAGUACAGCGGAGAAAAGACAUUCCAGUCAGAGAAUACGACGAGACAGAACGAGCACUGUCUACGUAACUUUGAUCUAUCGGAGUAUAGGCAGGUGUUUAGUGACCUUGCCGUGUGGAUCUUCCAGACAAUGAUAAAGUACAUGGAGGAGGUCAUCCAGCCCAUGGUCGUGCCGGCGGUGCUGGAGCAUGAGGCAAUCGCGGGUCUGACGGCCAGUAAACCCUCGGGAAUGAGGGGGCGCAGCAGCAGUACCGCUCAGGACGAGGACGUACGAGAACUGUCUUUAGACACACUUAUGAAAUCUUUGAACAAAUACAACCAAGUUCUGUCUCAGCAUGCAGUGGAUCCAGAAUUAGUCAAACAGGUGUUCAGACAGUUGUAUUACUACAUCGGUUCCAAUGCCCUGAACAACCUACUACUGAGAAAGGAUAUGUGUAACUGGUCCAAAGGCAUGCAGAUCAGGUAUAACCUGAGUCAUCUCGAGCAGUGGCUCCGAGAUAAUAAACUGAACGAGUCCGGUGCUCAGGCCACACUUGAGCCCAUCACUCAGGCAUCUCAGCUCCUACAAGCUCGCAAGUCUGAAGCAGAUGUAGACAGUAUAUGUGAGAUGUGCUCUAAACUUACCACAGCCCAGAUUGUUAAGAUCCUGAACCUGUACACACCUGUGGAUGAGUUCGAGGAGAGAGUUCCGAUCAGCUUCAUCCGUAAAAUCCAGGAGCGAUUAAAAUCGACAAAGAAGGAGGAGGACAACACACUCCUCAUUGACACUAAGUAUUCGUUCCCCGUCACGUUUCCGUUCAAUCCGUCAAGCAUCACUCUGGACUCCAUAGAGAUCCCGGAGAGUUUACAUCUAGACUUCUUAACACGUGUUUAAUGUCUACAAGUCAUAGGAUUUAUUUAUAUAUCUGGUCAGAUUUAUUUCUAUUUAUGUUUCUGAUUGGUCAGAUUUAUUCUUAUCAAUGUUUUUGAUUAGUCGCUUAUUUACCCUAUACUGUGUGAUAGCCAAUAGUUUUUUUUGUUAUAUAAUUUUGAGCUUUUUUAUUGGUCUUUUUAUA